UAGUGGGGCCGGCUUCAGCGUCGCCGCCAUCUUUGUUGAUGUGUCAGCUCCGCGGGGGCUUGAGGAAACCGAGAAGGAGGGAGCGCGGCGUCGGUGUUGUCCCUUUUCUCUGUCUCCUCGCACCUCAUGGUCUGCCGGUCCCCACUAUGGAGAAAUUAGGUCCUGAGCCGGAGCUUCAGCGGCCUCGAUGUAAAACGAAGACCAGGAACAGAUUUGAAGCAGUGCAGAGUGAAGUGGUGCCAGUCAGCAUGUCAGAGGCAGAGCACAUAGCCUCCAUUUCCUCUGAUAAAAAUAUCGGGAAAACAUUUGAAUUAAAGGAAGACUCCUGCAACUUGUUGUCUGGUGAUGACAGCAGCAGCUUAGAAAAUGAGUCUACGCUGCCAUCAUUAAACUUUGAUAAAACUUUAUGUCAGCCUAAUGAACACAAUCAGAUUGAAGCACAGGAAAACUAUAUUCAGGAUCAUGGUGGAGGUGAGGAUUCUUGUGCUAAAACAGACAUAUGCCCAGAAAAUUCUGAACAACUAGCUAAUUUUCCUGGUGGAGGUUUUACAGAGCAAGCUUCGAAAACAAAUGAAACUGAGCAGACAGUGACACAGAUAUUGGCGGAAUUGAGGUCAUCUACAUUUACAGAAGCAGCAAAUCAAAAGACUUAUUCAGAAAGUCCUUACGAUACAGACUGCACCAAGAAACUUAUUUCAAAAAUAAAGAAUGUUUCGGCGUCAGAGGAUUUGUUGGAAGAAAUAGAAUCUGAGCUUUUAUCUACAGAGUUUGCAGAAGAACACCGAGUUCCAAAUGGAAUGAAUAAGGGAGAACAUGCAUUAGUUAUGUUUGAAAAAUGUGUGCAGGAGAAGUAUUUACAACAGGAGCACACCAUAAAGAAGUUAAUUAAAGAAAAUAAGAAGCAUCAGGAGCUCAUCUUAGACAUUUGUUCAGAAAAAGACAAUUUAAGAGAAGAAUUAAAAAAAAGAACAGAAACAGAGAAGCAGCAUAUGAACACAAUUAAACAGUUAGAAUCAAGAAUAGAGGAACUUAGUAAAGAAGUUAAAGCUUCCAAAGAUAAACUAGUAGCUCAAGACAUUGCAGCUAAAAAUGCAGUUCAGCAGUUACAUAAAGAGAUGGCCCAUCGAAUGGAACAGGCCAACAAAAAAUGCGAAGAGGCACGCCAGGAAAAAGAAGCAAUGGUAAUGAAGUAUGUAAGAGGCGAGAAGGAAUCUUUAGACCUUCGAAAGGAAAAAGAGAUACUUGAAAGAAAGCUCAGAGAUGCAAAUAAAGAAUCCGAGAAAAACACUAACAAAAUUAAGCAGCUUUCUCAGGAGAAAGGACGGUUGCACCAGCUGUAUGAGACAAAGGAAAGUGAAACUACUAGACUCACCAGAGAAAUUGACAAAUUAAAAGAAGAUAUCAACUCUCAUGUCAUAAAAGUAAAAUGGGCACAAAACAAAUUAAAAGCAGAAAUGGAUUCACACAAGGAAACCAAAGAUAAACUCAAAGAAACAACAACAAAGUUAACUCAAGCAAAGGAAGAAGCAGAUCAGAUAAGGAAAAAUUGUCAGGAUAUGAUAAAAACGUAUCAGGAGUCAGAAGAAAUUAAAUCAAAUGAGCUGGAUGCCAAGCUUAGAGUCACAAAAGGAGAACUUGAAAAACAGAUGCAAGAAAAAUCCGACCAGCUAGAGAUGCAUCAUGCCAAAAUAAAAGAACUGGAAGAUCUGAAGAGGACAUUUAAGGAGGGCAUGGAUGAACUACGAACACUGAGAACAAAGGUGAAAUGUCUAGAAGAUGAACGAUUAAGAACAGAAGAUGAGUUAUCAAAAUAUAAGGAAAUUAUUAAUCGCCAGAAAGCUGAAAUUCAGAAUUUAUUGGACAGAGUGAAAAUUGCGGAUCAGAUACAGGAGCAGCAUCAAAGAGGUAAACAAGAAAUUGAAAAUUUGAAGGAAGAAGUGGAAAGUCUCAAUUCUUUGAUUAAUGACCUACAAAAAGACAUCGAAGGCAGUAGGAAAAGAGAAUCUGAGCUACUGCUGUUUACAGAAAAGCUCACUAGUAAGAAUGCACAGCUCCAGUCUGAAUCCAAUUCUUUGCAGUCACAAUUGGAUAAGCUUUCCUGUAGUGAAAGUCAGUUACAAAGCCAAUGUGAACAAAUGAAACAGACAAAUACUAAUUUGGAAAGUAGAUUGUUGAAAGAGGAGGAACUGCGGAGAGAGGAGGUCCAGACCCUGCAAGCGGAACUCACCUGUAGACAAACAGAAGUUAAAGCACUGAGCACCCAGGUCGAAGAACUAAAAGAUGAAUUAGUCACUCAGAGACGUAAACAUGCCUCCAGUGUCAAGGAUCUUAUCAAACAACUCCAGCAAGCACGAAGAAAAUUAGAUCAGAUUGAGAAUGGAAACUAUGAUAAAGAAGUCAGCAGCAUGGGGAGUCGUUCUAGUUCAUCAGGGUCCCUCAAUGCUCGAAGCAGUGCAGAAGAUCGAUCUCCAGAAAAUACUGGGUCAUCAGUAGCUGUGGAUAACUUUCCAGAAGUAGAUAAGGCCAUGUUGAUUGAGAGGAUAGUAAGGCUACAGAAAGCACAUGCUCGGAAAAAUGAAAAGAUAGAAUUUAUGGAGGAUCAUAUCAAACAAUUGGUAGAAGAAAUUAGGAAAAAAACAAAAAUAAUUCAGAGUUACAUUUUACGGGAAGAAUCAGGCACACUUUCUUCAGAGGCAUCUGAUUUUAACAAAGUCCAUUUAAGUAGACGGGGAGGCAUUAUGGCAUCUUUAUAUACAUCCCAUCCAGCUGAUAGUGGAUUAACAUUGGAACUCUCUUUGGAGAUCAACAGAAAAUUACAGGCUGUUUUAGAGGAUACAUUACUAAAAAAUAUUACAUUGAAGGAAAAUCUACAAACACUUGGAACAGAAAUUGAGCGUCUUAUUAAACAUCAGCAUGAACUUGAACAGAGAACGAAGAAACCCUAACGCAAAGCUCUCAUUCACUAAACAGACAAAAGCCACAUAAGGAGCAGGUGCCACUGCCCAUUAUUGUUGGAAACUUUUCCCUGCUUUGUGUGUCAGUAAAAAAUUGUUUUGCUUCAUCUGUAUAAAAAAGUAUCCUUUUACAAUAUGAAUGCAUUGCUGUGUAUACUGUAAGAGCAAAAGCUUUGAUGAAAUUUGUUUUUGUAUAGUGACAGCCUGUCCCUGAAUCAGAACAACCGAAAUUGCUAAUGGUCAUACAAAGUGCUGAACAUUACUACAAGGGCUUUUGAAAACCCCUUCUCCUUAUUUCUUCCUUUUAAAAUAUAUAAUGUCAAAAAUGAUUCAGCUUUUAAAAUUCUGCAUGAAAGGACACAUGUUCAUCAUUCCGUAAUGUGCUGUUUCUCCAACAUGAAGAAAACUAAAGUGAUAAAGAUCAUAUUUGACCUUCCAGUAUCCCAUUUGGUUGUGUCACAGGGAUGCCAGUGAGUCUCAACUUCUUGUCAUUUUAAUGGACGCUAAUAGGAAAGCCAGCUCUUGGUCGCCAGCAAUAAUCAGCCAUUGAAUGCCUCCAUCAGGUUUCCUUCUCUGUGCUAGGUACGUUUUGUCAGAUUCAAAUUGUUUGAGUUCGUAGUUGAGUUUUUUUAGUCUUCAGUUACACAAAAUCUGAUUUUAAAUAACACACUCACUUAGAAAAUCUCUGCGGACUUCAGUUGUAUUUUAAAAUGUGAAAUAGAUUAUUCAUUAGAACAGAGAGAUGAAUAAUGAAUUCUUUGAAGCUGAAAUGCUUUAGUUUUACUGACAUCAAGUGUUAAGAUGAAUGUGUAAGGCUUUUAUGAAGAACCAGUUCCCCAGAGAAUCCAGCGUAUGGCUCUGUUAACCAUUUCAUUUGAGCACCAUGCUUGACCAUUGAUAUAAUUGUGUAUUCCAGCAGAGUGAUCUUACAGUCCCCAAAUGUGAUGUGUUUCAGUAUAUUUAUUUAAAAUACAAAAUAAUUACAUCUCUGUAACCAAGGGAAAUUUAGAGCCAAAUUUGUGUAGCCUGUUGGAUUUUUACAGUAUUUAUUUAAAAUACGCACUUCUAUGUCGCCAGUCCAUGGUAUCGGUCUAUGUCGCCAGUCCAUGGUAUCGGUACUUCUACAUCAUUGAAUUUUGUUCCCUCCUCUUGUAAUUUGUCACCUAUUAUCAUUUCUGUGUGUGGUUUUUCACAUUUCAUUACAUUCAGGUCAUCUCUACCAUAGGAUACCUUGGCUGACAUGCAGAUGUUGCCACAAGUGUCACUCUUGUUUUGGAUUUUUACAUCCUUUUUUCUCCCCUUAAGAGAAGUAAGCUUUGGGAUGAUGAAAAAGCCUUUCAGAAGUUAUAUGGCUCUGAAAGUUGGGCUUACGGUGGCAAUGUCCCGUUAAUGUGUUUUAACAUUUUUUUUUAUAUCAACAUUGUUUAAAAGGAUCAUAUGCUUAAUUUUUACUAAGGAUUCAAUGUAGUGUCUUAUUUUUUCUGUGUAUCGAGGUGUCUUGUCAUCCAAAAACAAAAUCUUUUCAGCAUGGAAAUAGAAGUUCAAAACAUUUUUAAAAUAGCUGUAACAAGUGUCAGUCUUACCAUAAUGUGUCUUGUUAUUUUUACCAAUAAUAAUUUAUCAAAAUAAAAGAAGAGGGUGAGUGCAAUCAAAUCUGAAUUAUUUUCCCCUUUGUUUCUAGACAUACUAUUGAUAUUCCUGUAGACUGCUUAGAGUAGCCAACAAAACUACAUUUUUAUGGCUGCUUAUGUGAUAGAGAUUCAUACACUACAAUAUUUGUUUUUUCCUUCCAAGACACAAAAUAUAUGAAUGGAGGCCAAACAGUGAUCAGAUCUAGAGUGUCCUAUGUCUACACACUUUUUAAGAAUAUAUACGUUUAUUACAUACAAAAAUAAAACAUUCCAAUAUUAACACUUGUGCCACCAUUUGGGAAAAUUGAAUGGUGAAGCAACUUUAGAAGAAAGCUGUCAUAAAUCAUGUUCUGACUUAUUGUUACUUACCUCCCCCCCCCCCCCCAUAAAUAUAAGAAACUAUGGAAAACUUUUGAAGAGAAUGCUUUAUCUUCUUUUUUUCCUUCAGGUUCUAUUGUAUCUUCACUUUCUAUUGUGGAUUAGAACCAAACAAAGUAAUAUAUGAAAAUGUGCAUAUAUCACAUCUUUAUACGAACUCACAAAAAGCUCCUGGUGUGAGGAUUUAGGGAUUUAGAGAGUCUUUUACUAUAGUGAAUAUACAGAGAAGAGUGGAGUGUCCAAAAAAGGAAAAUGGCCUGAAUAAACCUGAGAUUUGGGGGAAUAUUUAUUUUAGAUGUUCAUUAUUCAUUGUACAUAUCAAAGGCUACAUUGAUAGUUAGCACUGCUUUGGUUUCUUUGAACAGGAAAUUAUUUUGUGUGUGUGUCUUAUCUGUAUAUGCUUACUAGGCCUUCGUUUUGAAGUGAGUUCUUACUGUGGCUCCCUUUUUCGCAUACUACUUCCCUUUAGCCUGUUAAGUGUUCAGGAUUGAAAACAGUGGGUUUGAGCAAAGAAAUGGGUUUGAACUUCGGUAUUUUGGUUUUUCUUUUAGCUUUCUAUCUUUGACGCCAUUUAAAGUGAUUUAUCUUGAAUUAUUUUAUCAGGCUACCAGCAUGUUAUUUAUUCAUUAAAAAAAAAAAAAAAAAAAACACCUGUAUUGGAAGUCUGCUAUUAUGCUAUUGCCUGGCACCGUCCAGGGUAUUGUGAUUUUACUGGUGAACAGACAGGCAGGACUGUUGCUGUCCCCAUGGAGCUGAGGUCUAGUGACAAUGGCAGGGAAGGCACCAGAAGCAGCUCUUUGAGCCUCUGCAGCUCCCAGCCAGCUGCCGUAGGAAGAGGGUUAAUCCAGUUGUGCAAGUAGUGGCCCAGAAGUCUCGCCGUGGCAUGAAACUUCGGGAGAUGAGUCGUUGCUCUGGGGUAGGCUGAGAGGUCUGCAUGUCCUCUGCCAUAGUUUGGUGUUUACUUCUUCUUUAGGAAAAAAGAAGAAAAAAUCCAAAGAGCAUAGACAAGUAUUUGAUUUUUGCCAUUUUAGUAAAUUAUUAAUGCCUACUUGAUGCUCAUAAAAGUGAAUCUAAUCAUGUUUUCAUGCGUGUUCCUAAACUUUGUUUCACAGCAUAUUCUUUUCUAAAGAUUUUCUUCAUAAAAGUUUAGAUCAAGAUUUACCAAGACAUUAAAAAACCGUCAAUGUUGUAAAUGUUACAUAUAUGCUACUGUGGUGAAAAUACUUUUCUCAAUCAUGUUACUCAGUAUGGUUAGUUUGCCUUAUGAAUGUUGACUCUACUAGCCUGUUUUUCGAUAUCCUUUUUAAAAAACAAAACAAUCUUCUUUUGACACUGAGAUUGUUCAUUUUUAACACCAGUUGGUGGCACUAGACACCUGAAAUUUCUCAAGGCUCUGAACAAGAGCAAAUAAUUGAAAACGUAUCCAAACAUGAAGAAUUUUCAGGAAAAUAAAUGAAAAAUAUAAUUGUAUAUUAAAGAUGUAUUUUCUGGUAUGAAUUCUUUUUUAAAAUGCAUAUGCCUGUCCAUUUUGAUGACAAUGAUAAAACUUGUUUAUCUUCCAGAAGUGUGUGUAUAUAUAUAUAUAUAUAUAUAUAUAUAUAUACACAUAUAUAUAUGUGUGUAUAUAUAUGUAUAUGUAUGUGUGUGUGUGCAUUGUACAGAUAAUCUUUAAUUUGAUUACACUGUUCAUUUUGUAAAUAUGUUUCUGUAUAAAAUGAAGCUUUUCAAGAGAAUUCUAUGUAUAUAUUGUACUUAUUAAAUAGGUAAUGCCUGUUUACCAAGUUGUAUUUUAUAGCAUCUUUGAUUAUUUAUUUACAUACAUCACUUGCUAAACAGACUGAUUUCUCCAGACUGUUGGCAAGGCUGAUUCAAAUUGCUGGAAUUUUCUUUUUUAAACUCCACUAGGAGGUUUUGCUUACCACAGUUCUCUUUAUUAUACCAAUUAUUAUUAGAAGUCAAUGAAUAGUAAGCAGUUUAAAUUGAAUGCCAGGUUCUGUUUUAAAUUUGUGUUUAUAUCAUUGGUAGCAAAACUUGGCCUUUUACAAAAGGCAAAUUUUCACAUGCCUGUCUUCACAUAGACAUUUUCACAUGCCUGUGUGAAAAUUUCUCAUUGAACUGGACGAGCCAGUAAUAUAUUCACAGUUUCCACCAAACUAUGUAACUUGCCCAAAUUAUCUAGCUUUAAUAAUAAAGCUCUAAUAUGUUCAAUAAAAAGAUACGGAAACGGCA